GUCGUCAAAACAAAUCGAGCUUGAGAGCUCGAAACAAACGCACAAGUCAAAAGGGGAAACAAAAGUAUACGAAUACUAGUUUAUAUAUGAUUUUCAUAUACUAAAUAAAACUACAUAACUACGAGAAUAAAAAUGAUGAUGAGUCCCACCUGCUGUUUUCAGUCCCUAUUUUUCACAUUGCUUAUAGUGGUCCAAAAUCGUUUGACAAAUGGGGAAGCAGUAAUCUCAGUGUGUGGCACCGAGGAAAUGUGCGUCACGGAGAAACUGUGCAUCGAUUCAGAUGAUUCGGGACGUGGUUUGAUUGGAAUACGAAUUGCACGAAUUUGUGGAAUUGGAUUGGUCUGCUGUGAUCGAGAGCAACUGGAAAGCUGGAAUGCCACGCUGACCAAAUCCGUAGGCACCACUCAGCGGAACUCGCAAACUGUUAAUACCACAACCACCACGGAGGAGCCCAGUGGCUAUGAGAGCUGUGGACUCAACAUGGAGUGUGUGCCGAGGAAACUGUGCCAGGAUAAUGUCAUCAACGAUGACGGUCACUUCAUUGUCAAUCCUCGCAUAGGCGAGACUCCCUGUCGCCGAGCCCUGGAUCGCUGUUGUGCCAUAGAUCAGCAGGAUGCAAUAUUGAAAGCGCCAGCCAAUGAGAGCUCAUAUCUGUCCGCGCUGGGAAGCUUCAAGUAUCAGGGUUGUGGAUGGAGCAAUCCCAAGGGUCUCAUACCCGACCAGGACAACUACGAGUACGCCACGGAUGUUUCCCUCUUUGCCGAAUUCCCUUGGAUGGUGGCCCUGAUCACCGGACGCAAUCAGUAUGUCUGCGGUGGCACCUUGAUCCAUCCACAGCUUGUGCUGACGAGUGCACACAACAUAAAGAACCACACGGUGCACACUCUGGUUGCCCGUGCCGGGGAAUGGGAUCUCAACAGUCUGGAUGAACCACAUGAGCAUCAGGCGCGACGCAUUAAGCAGAUAAUCCCACAUGAGGAGUUUGAUCCUGAGGCCUUCUUCAAUGACAUUGCUUUAGUCGUGCUGGAUGAACCUGUGGAGAUUAAGCCGCACAUUCAACCCCUUUGCCUUCCCCCGCCGGAGACGCCAGCGCUGCUCGCGGAUCUUCGGAAGGGCCAGUGCUAUGCCACGGGCUGGGGAAGUCGCUUGCCGGGCAGCGAUCGCAAUGAGCGACUCCUCAAACGCAUCGAUCUGCCCGUGGUCAGUCGAGCCGAGUGCCAGGCCCAACUGAGAGUCACCCGACUCGGCAGGAGAUUCCGUCUCCGGCCCAGCUUCAUUUGUGCCGGCGGUAUCGAGGGCAAGGACACGUGUAAGGGUGACGGUGGCUCUCCUCUAUUUUGUACUCUACCCGGACAAUCGGAUCGCUAUCAACUGGCGGGCAUCGUCUCCUGGGGCAUCGAAUGCGCCAAGGAAGAUGUUCCGGCGGUCUAUGCCAAUGUUCCCUUCCUUCGCACUUGGAUCGAUGAGAAAGUCAAGUCUCUGGGACUUAAAAUCGAUGGACCAUGAAUCUAUAAAAGACAUCUCGAGAUCUGUCAAAAAAAAAAUGUAGUCGUUAUUAUGCUAAAUAAUACUCCAAAAACUAGUUAUCGAUCUAUUAGUUAGUUGUCUAAAUUUGAAAUUUCUAAGCUAUUAAAAGUGGGAUACAAAAGUAUAUUUUCGAAUUCAUAAAUAUGUUCAAUUCUAGUCGUAUUCAUCUGUCUAUAAAUCUCAUUUGAUUAUGUCAAUCUCAGAGAUCACAAGAGCUAGAGACACUAAAUAUUGUAAUUAAAUUUGUCGCAUAUCAAAAACAUAUUUAAAUUGUAAA